UCGAUUCUAUAUAACCGUUUCUGGUAAGCUACUGAUCAUCUAUCUCCCUUUUAUUGAAGGAAACGAAUGUUCAAAUAUUCAACAAUAAAAUAUAUUUUGAAGCUGAUGAAAAAUUGGUUCCUAUUCAUCUAGAUUCGAUGGCGCCCAGCUUCAAGCAACUUUCUGGACAACUCGAUCAGUCGGGACCAGAAGUCUGGUAUCCAGUUCUCUUUGUUUUGCUCACUUUCAUCGGCGCCAUUGCUGCAUCGUGGAGGAAAUCGAGCCACCAGUCUGCGCGAAUUGAGAAACUGGAGAGUAGGGUCGCAGCUCUAAGAAAUGAGGAGCCGGAAUGGCCGAAGACAAGCCAAGGACCCACUGGCUUAAGCGGAUAUAGAUUAAGUCCAUUGAACUCAGCCGCCGAGCUCUUCAGAGAGCAUAAGUCUUUGACAGCUGACAACAAUUAUUCCCCAUGCUCUCAAGAAGCCUCGCACGGACUUUUCACAGGGUGGCAGAGUUUCCCUGCUUCCGGGCAUGCGGAUCGAGACGGCUUUCUCCUCUGCACCUCAGGCUUCAAUACACAUAUGGCCGGCUACACUUCAGGUGUCCUGCGAUUUGAGGACAGUAGGCGCGACAAAUAUGGGCAAGGAAAUAAUACAGUAUUAAUGCCAGUGACGGGAGGUGAAUCCUACAAUAUUCAGGGCGCCCAGAAGGUGUGGUUUAUGGGCAUGCUGAGGUUCAACAUCAAGCGCGAUCAACUAGCAAUCCCUGUUAUGGAUGUAGAAUUACAAUAGAUUCUUAGUGGUUCGUUUGGCAUAUUGGUUGGGUCGUAUAUUCAUACCUUUCGAGUUUCUGAAUAAGCAGAAUGAAAGUGCAGCUGUUU